AUGAUUGUUGUUGCUCAGCAUCGGAAUCAGUUCCAUGGGAGAAGCAGGGCACAUGGUCCUGCUCGAUUUGGGUCAUAUGGUUCACCUCCUUCUGGUGGGUUUAGGGAGGUAAAUUGUAGGGCUUUUGAGUCCAGAGCAGGUUUAUUUCAAACCCAAUCGAAGUCUGUCAAGAAACCUGUCAACAAAAGAGCCUCCUCGGGUUUCUUGUCUCCCCAAAAGCGAUCACCUUUAACACCACUGCCUGUUAAUACUGUUAAGUUUUACUCUGAAGAUCAGAAGAAAUCAAGAAAACCAGGCAGAAGCAACACGAUUACUAUACCAUUUAACCUCAAUGGGGAUGUUGGUUCUAGGAAUGAGAAUUCCUUGAGUGAUGAGUUUCCAUUCUCUGAACUAUGGGCAGGGCCAGCUUAUUCGAAUUCUCCUCCUCCUAGUUCUCUGCCCAUGCCCAAGUUAUCCCUCAGGCCUAAGAGGGCUGCCUCUCUUGAAUUUCCUGUUUCAGCAUCUGAUAUUGAUUUACGUCCCUUCGCCAAAUCUGCACCAGCAACCCCAACCAGGGAGCGCAGCCCUUCUCCAGGAAUUGUAUUUGACAGUAUUGACUUUGCGACACAGACUCUUCGUCGCAUGCUCAACCUUGAAAUUACAGAUUAA